AUGUUCAGACAACGAUUUCUUGUCCAUCGCCCGAAAUUUCCUGUCUAUCCCCUAUUCACCAAAAAAUAUUCAUUGCGUCCACAUACUCCAGAACAACCCCCCGUCAUUCAAGAUCACUUCAUAUCUCACACUUUGUAUGCUAUCAAUGUUGGCAGCCGCUUCGUCAAGUUCUCUUUCUUUGGUUUAAUAGCCCUUGGUACAACCAUCGCUGCUGCAUUUGAAGGGGCUCACUUGUACGUUGAGCAUGUUGGUAUGGCUCCAGAAUCCGACCCGGAAGUGAAAAAAUGGGAAUGGGAUGAAAGCUGGUCAGGAGACUCAGCCGUGGGUGGUACCGAUCCAGCUUUGGGAAUCAGAGCCAGGCAUACUGUACGUGCCGCGUGGAUGGCGUAUAACUGGGGUGUUGGAUAUAGUGCUGCAACGACAGGGACUGACGGGCCCUUUGUCAGUUCUGCCAAAGGCUUACCUGGCAUCCACAUUAUUGACGCACAAAUGCAAAGGACAGAGGACUUUCUUCGCAGUGCUAUUCAUGUUGCUGAGACCAUGUCUUCUCCCCCUCUCCACCCGCUGACUUUCACAACGCUUCUUGCCCGUCACGCGGCCGUUCUUGAAAAGUUGGGAAUUGGACAUUUGGAGCAAUCAAAACUGCAGUAUGAGCGUGCUUGGCAAACCUUACCAACGCAACAACCUACUGCGGCUCGCAUCGCAAUGAAACUCGGGAACUUGAAUGCCCGACUGGGCCAGGAUACGUCCGCCGUAGAUUGGUGGGCCAAAGCCAUCAAAUUGACUCAGGGAGAGUCGUCCGAGGUUGGGGUCGGUUCUUUGCAGGUACCUUCUAAGCCGCCUGCUUCACCUUUGUCCCAACGCAUCCUUUUCUCUACGCUUGUUUCAAUAUCUGCGCACUAUGCACAAAGAGGAAAGCUAAAGGAUGCUGAAGCCUUAGAGGAGUCCGCUCUUGCAUUACUUCGAUCAAUCCGACCUCCGGAAUCAUUCGCCUCAGCUUCUCCACCUCAAGCGUUGCACGCACUUUAUCUCUUACAACAAUCGUCCAUGCUUUCCAUUCAUCUAGCAGAAGUUCUUCACGCUCGUCGCUAUCCUGUCCGUUCUUCUGUCCAGUGGCUCAUGUCUGCUGCUGAAUCGUCUGAACGCGUUGCUCGUGCCCUCUCUGGUCUCCCUCUCUCCUCACCACCUGGCCCCAUUUCAGAAAUGCCUGUUCCAAACCCCAAAAAAGAUCUGUUAUUAGCUUGCUAUAAUACCCCACGUUCCGUGAACAAAGCCGCUGAUGCUUUAUUAAAGGACGCAAGGCGAACUGCAGCUGAAUCGUGGAAUCUACUCGGCGUUCUGCACGAGAUGCAGGAGGGAUCGGCAUCCAAAGCUGCUUUUGAGUGUUUUGAUCGUGCUGUCAAUUGGGCCGGCGCGCCCAUGGAUAGCGGAAGCUCAAGGGAGGCUGCUGAUGGCAUUUUGCAGUCGGAUUGGCAUGUCUUUGUUAGCAAUCUCGAGCGUGCAAAGACUGCUCGGGAUCAACGGGGCAAGUAA